AUGAAUCUGUCGGCCAACUGGACAGAGGCUCGCCUUUCUAAUGGCUCGUUCGGAGGAUCUCUCGUCGCUCGCCGAGCAGAUCCCAUCUCGUUUCCACUUGUUUUUUCCUUUUCACCGUUUCCGUGUUUUCUUUUUUAUAAAGUCAAACGAGACGUGAGCACUCCGCACCAAGCGGCGGUGACGUCACAGCUCAGCGACGACGCAGACGACGGGGACAACUUACCCAAGGUCAAGCAGCGCAGGUCAAGGACGAACUUCAGUCUGGAGCAGCUGAACGAGCUGGAGCGGCUGUUUGAGGAGACGCACUACCCAGACGCCUUCAUGAGGGAGGAGUUGAGUCAGAGGCUAGGGCUCUCCGAGGCUCGCGUGCAGGUCAGUAGCAGGCUUUUUUAGUUUUAGUAGAAGUUUUACUGCG